AUGCCUUCCAGGGACGAUAUUCGCUCCCUAUCCACUGAGCAACGCUGGAUCCCUCCUUCAACUGUUAGACGCGAUGCACUCACCCCAGAAAGCCGAAAUGAUCUCAUCUUUAGAAAGGUGCGGGGUAUUCUUAACAAGCUCACACCGGAAAAAUUCGCAAAGCUGAGCAACGACCUGCUCAACGUUGAGCUUAAUUCCCAUGUGAUUCUCAAGGGUGUUAUUUUCUUGAUCUUCGAAAAAGCACUUGAUGAACCCAAGUACAGUUCUAUGUACGCACGGCUGUGCAAACAGCUGUCUGACGAAGCCGCAAACUUUGAACCCCGUAAACCGAUCGAUGAAAGUCAAAAAGGCCAGAGCACAUUCAGAGUUCUUUUACUUAACAAGUGCAAAGACGAGUUCGAAAAUCGUUCAAAAGCAAGCGAGGCAUUCGAGAAUCAAGAUGAGCUUGGUCCCGAAGAAGAAGAGCGCCGACAGGUGGCCAAGCGCAAGAUGCUUGGUAACAUCAAAUUCAUUGGGGAGCUCGGAAAAUUGGGUAUCGUAUCGGAGCCGAUUUUACAUCGUUGCAUCCAGCAGUUACUGGAGAAGAAAAGGCGAGGGGGAUCCCGGGGGGACGCGGCGGAGGAUAUCGAAUGCCUCUGCCAGAUUAUGCGUACCUGCGGUCGUAUCCUUGACUCGGAUAAGGGCCGCGGACUCAUGGAUCAAUACUUCAAACGUAUGAACUCUCUGGCAGAGAGUAGGGAUCUUCCUCUACGCAUCAAAUUCAUGCUGCGUGAUGUGAUUGAGUUACGCCGUGAUGAUUGGAAACCGCGCAAGGCCACAAGCACCGAAGGCCCUAUGCCGAUUAAUCAGAUCCGCAACGACAACGAGGAGCCAUCGCGGGGAAACGGUUUCCACAGAGGACGAGAGGAUCGCCUCGGUGCGGAGUUUUUACGAAAAAUGGGACGAGGCGGAUUAGACGUGGAGAUGAUGGGAAGUAUACCAUUGACUUCCCCCUCAUUCGGUAUGCCACCACCACCAUUCAGUCCGAAUGGAUUCGCAGGAACUCCUGGCGUUGGUUAUGGCCGCCACAACCAACGUAAUCAGCCAGGAGCAGGCUACUAUCCAAACCAGAGUCGUCAUCAGAACAAUUAUGAGGGAAAACGCAACCAACCGCAACAUAAUUUACCGCAAAACUUUAAUAACAAUAGCAAUAAAGAACAACUUCGAUUCAACAAAAAUAAGAUGCUGAUCGGAGGACAUCCAGAAGAAGUGUCUCUAAGACCCUCAGCUAAUUCAAUGAUGUUCAAACAAACCAACAUCAACUUAAACCUACCUCUCAACAAUGAUUUGUUCCCAGGACGGGGCUCAGACAUGCCACUCUUACGUACUACUGCUCUGAAGCCUAGCUCACCUUUACUGCACAAAGAAACACCACCUGCUAUUGUGAUCAAACAAGGUCCUGUAGACAAACGGGAGAAAGCUAGGGACAGAAAAGACAAAGGACCGACACGAGAAGAAGUGUUGAAGAAGGUGAAUGCCUUAAUGGAUGACCUCGUGUCCCACACGAAUGUGCAAGACGCUCUGACAGCUUUCAAAGAUCUUAAGAUACCCGAACGAUUCUUGCGCCAUGCAAUCUGCACAAUGUAUUCGAACACGUUAGAUCGUGGAGAUUCUGAACGUGAGCUCGCUGCCAAGUUCGUAGCUGAAUUGAAAAAAGAAAACUUGCUCACUCUACAGCAAGUGAACGAAGGAUGGAAGGAAUUAGUGGCCAGUAUUUCGGAGAAGGAGAGUACCGUGCCUUUGGUAGCAUCCCACGUUGCCUUGCUGACAGCUAAGGCUAUAGUGGACAAUUUAAUCCAAUUGACGGAUCUCGCCUCGGAAACAGAAAAUGGUCGUCAUCAUCCACUGUUUCUAUUGACCCUACAGCAACUUCACAAAACCCAGGGCAAGGCGAGACUUACGCAAAUCUUCAACGAUAGCAAAGUGGAUCUUAUUAGCCAACUGCCAGAAGCAGAAAAAACAAAGGAACGUUUGGGUGAGAUCUUGGAAGAUCGGGAAUUGACUUUCCUCUAUCCUCUUCUCAGAAUCCAGGGUGAUAUGUGGCGUCAAUUAGAAGCCGAUCCGGCGCCCAAUGCUCUUUAUAAAUGGAUCAAGGAGAAGCUGGAUCCCCAACACCAUUCUGAUCCCGCAUUCAUUAAUGCUAUGAUGAAUGUACUUUUCAAGUAUAUCACUGGGGAGACAACAUUGGCGCCCGGUGUUGAUCCGACCGUAAAUCCAGACAAACAACUGCAAGAGAAGGAAAGUGCGUUAUUGCAGAAAUAUGCACGCUUUAUUCGCACAUUCCUGACUACCAUCGACUCACAAGUUACAGCUCUUCAUGCGCUUCAAGUGUUUUGCUUUUCGCACAAUUUUCCGAAAGGGCUGCUGCUACGAUGGUUCAUAGCACUCUAUAACCUUGAAGUUAUCGAAGAGGAAGCAUACCACAAAUGGAGAGACACCGUUACCGAUGCUUAUCCGGGCAAGGGCAAGGCAUUAUUCCAGGUAAAUUCCUGGUUAACAUGGCUUGCUGAAGCAUCAGAGGAAGAAGAAGAAGACGACGAGGAUGAGAAGAAUUAAUUGCAAGAGCCUCGAGAGCAUUAUUCAGACUAUCUAUGAUUUGGAAUAGAGUUUUACUAUCUAUAUCGCUGAAUCACAGGAAGUGUUUCAGUUUUACUAAUUGAGUUAUCAUCAUCCAGAAUUGCAAACAUCUUGUUAGUCUGUCUCAAGCCCUCAUGCGUGGUUGGAAAAAGAACGGACUUUACAAUCAUGUCUGAAAGGAAUAAGAUAGUUUGUAGUCAACGAGUGGUAUACGACAGACGUUUCAAGCAAGACGUUUUAGAAUCUUUUUUUUAGAUAAUUAAAUAUCGGUAUAAUUUAUAAAAUAUAAUAUUGGGCCAGCAGAAAUAAUCAAGAUACUACGCCACUGUAUGGUCAUGGUGCAGAAAACAAAAAAAGAAAAAGCACGAAACAAAUUAAUCUGGUCAUUCUUGUGUUAUCCGAGUUUUUGUCUAGUAUUGUGCAUGUGUCACAUUUUGUAAGUAUCCUUUUUGUUCGCGGCAAUAAGUGGAGUCGUUUUGUUAUCUCUGUGUACCAAGCAUUACAUUUAUUACGAGGAAUUAUUACUAUGAUUAUUAAUAUUAUUAUUAUUAAUUAUAUAUAAUUGAUUAUUAUCAAUAACCGAAAUAUAUCUACAUCUUUCUAAUGAAGACUAAAAAAGAAAAAAAAUAUGUCGAAAUUAAUCAGAAGCAAAGGGCCGAUAGUAGUGUACGUAAACAGUGAAGCACUUUUCUUUUCGGAACAAGAAUGAAAUUUUUAGAUUGCAAUUUAGGAUACACCAAGUACAAGCGUUAUUACCCCUAAAUUAAAACAGAAAUGAAAAAAAGUGAGCAACACCGUUUGCCCGUGUAUCUACUUGCUGCGCCAUUUGAUUCUAAUAAGUACUAAUUAAUUACAAUUAUAAUAACAACCAGCAGCCAACAUCACAUCCAUUUAACGUAAUAAUUAGCGAACACUAGUGACACGACUAAAACUCGUAUUUAAAAGGAAAAAAAGAAUAAAAUAUGCCUUGGUGUAAUUUAUUACAAAUGGCCCUCUGGUUGUUGCGUUGAUGAUCGAUCAUCACACCUCACCUCACCUCACCUCACAUUUCCCACUUUAUACACACACACACACACACACACACACACACACACACACACACACACACACACACAAUAUGCGCAAUUUGUUUUUAUAUUUCGUUCGAUCAUCGAAUACAAAAAAAUCCAUACGUGCAAAUCGCGUCUUCGCGUGUAUUAAUCGAGAUGAAUGUGAGUGGAGAACAGCUAUGUAUCUCUCGCAUUGUCAUCGAGUACGAUUGCAGUUGUAUAAUUUUCAGAUCGGCUCGAUAUAUUAGUAAUUAAGAAAACCGGAAAUUUCGUGCAAUAUAUCGCGUCCGUUUUCAUUUUUUUUUCUUCGUUUGAUAGAGAUGCUUAAUCUCCUGUAUACUCAGCGCCUUUUUUUUUCUUCCAAAUAACUGGCUAGGUUCCUAUUGCCGAAUUUGUAAAACUAGUAAUGUAAAAACGGGAUAUACGACGCCGAAAAAAUUUAGGUACGGUUUUGUUAUCGUUGUAAGAUAUUGUACAUAUGUAUUCUUGAUUGUUCCACGGUUUCUCGCCAUAAUUUAAUCGCCAUACUGAAGCGUUUUUUUGUCUCUAAAGAGCAUCACUUUUUUUUUAAUUAGAUAAAAAAAUGUAGGUGAUGAGAGCAUCGAUCGAUUAAUGCCCUUAUUCACAGUCAGACUUUGUACUUCAGGCUUCCUUAAAUUUAUCUUUAGAUUAUUUCAUUAGUUCAGCAGCUAAUGAAAUAAUUCGUAGAAUAUCUGAAGAUAAAUUUAAGGAAACCUUAAAUAUAAGGCUGAUACUAUGAAUACGAAUAUAAGACUCGAUAUUUCCGUUACUUCAUCCGAAUAUGUCAUACUAUCAUACAUUAUUCACGAGCCAGUUUUUGAUGACAGCACUCGGAUACACGCGCGUCGAAUGUGUUUAACCAGAAUUUUUCUUCGCAACCGAAGCGGCGUAUAAUAAGUAGAUCAUAAUGCGACGAUACUUUGUCGGAGGGAUUGGCGGAAUAGGAUGGUAGCGUAUUAUUCGCGACGUGUCCUUGUUUCUGUCUGAUUCAAGGAACAUUAAAUUGGAUCGAAUUCCUAUUCGUAGUUUCGCGGUUUCAAGAAGCACCGCGUCUUGCUGCGAGGAUCUUACGAGGACUGAUCACCCGGUCGUCUCUUCGUAUAUAAGAGAAUAAAAGAAAAACGUUUGUAACACUAUUGUAAUACGUUAUCGGACAUUCGUACAUUCACUAUGUUUCCCGUUGACCAACAUUCGUGUCUUAAUUGCUGAAUUACAACGCGUAUAUGCGGGUACAUCUCGCCUCCGUUCCGCGAGAGAGUAACUGUGUGUGCGUGUGGGUGUAUGCGUGCGUGAACUUUGUUAAUUUAUUUUCUCACGCAUAAUUAUAUACGGCUCGUCGAAUGAACGUACGCAUACCGAUUGAUCCAUGUGUAAUAUCUUGAGUAUUAUUUCGCGAAUAAUCGAACCACAUUAUGUAGACUCUUAUAGUGUUUUCGCCCCCUCUCCCCCUCCCUUUAGAUAUUAAAAUCGAUUAAAAAAAACCGUAUCUUUUAUCUCUGUCAAUAAAAACUGUUCCUAGGACC